AUGCAUUUUGUAAAAAAGGUCCCGACAACCGAGGAAGAGGCGGCGGAGAAGGCUCGGAUUACCGAUGCUAAAAAGAAGGCCUUCAUUGCCAUGCGCGAUGCCAUUUUUUCGAAAAGGGGAAUUGACGGUGAAGAGCAAUCUCAACUGGAGCAAACGGGCACGAUGUUGAGCAAAAACCCUGAUAUCUACACUCUAUGGAAUAUCCGGAGAGCAGCCAUCGAGAGCUUGGAAAAGAAAUUAAAUGAGGAAAACGUGGAAGAGGCUGCCGAGAAGAUCACGAAACUGCUCGAGGAAGAGCUGUCCCUGACUCAAAAGUGUCUUCGAGAAAACCCGAAAUCAUACGCAGCCUGGCAUCAACGAUCCUGGGUGCUCGACCGACAUCCUGCUCCAAAGAUCGAAGCCGACCUGAAAUUGUGUUCUAUGGCGCUGCAGAUGGACUGCCGAAACUUUCACACUUGGGACCAUCGGAGAUACCUAGCUGCGCUGGCUAAGCUGCCUUUGGACGAAGAGAUUGAGUUCUCAAACAAGGUGAUCGAAGAAAAUUUCUCGAAUUUUUCUGCGUGGCAUUAUCGAGGGAUCUUGUUGAAGAAGCGGUACCAGAAUCAGCAAUAUCUAGACGAGGACACAGUGUCCUCGGAGUUCAAGAAAGUCAUUACGGCCUGCUGUACGGACCCCAACGACCAAAGUGGAUGGACAUACAGCCGAUUUCUGCUGGAUCACGUACGGCUUGAGAAUGAUUAUCAGACAGAGGCCUGUGAAGUAGUGGCGGCUGCGCUGAACAACAACGGGGCUGUUGUAAGCUUCAGAUCCGGGGUGACGAAGGAAUGCGCAGCACAAUGGGUAUCGGCCGACAAGGGGGCUGUUUGGACACCGAUUACUACAUUGCCAACGAAACGCAUAAUCUCCUCAAAAAUCUGGAGGAUUGAGACCAACAACCUAGCCAUUGUGAAGCCGGACGUCGAAAAGGUGGUCGUGACAGAAGGGCACCCCUACGUUGAUCGUAAAUACUUAGAGCAUUACUUCUACCGAAAAGAUAAUGGCAAACUGGACUUUUUGGACGAGUACACGCCCGAGAUUGAACAAAUUUUGGCGGAAGAGGAAAAGCCUUGCCCGGUCGGUCUGUAUUCUUUGACGGCGUAUAUGAUUAGGACAACGCCCCGGAGCAGCACCGAACGAAUAUUGGCCAAUCUGGAGGAGCUGGCGAGGGUUGACCCGCAGCGCAAGAAUUUCUACCUGUCCAUCAGGGAUCGCCAUGUCGUUGGUGAUCGUUUCGCAGCCAUCCCGCCCGGCUCAACAAAGGACGCGUUUGAAGAGUUUCUCACCUCCGGCGUCCUACACUUGAAUGAGCUACAAUUGACGAGCCUGGACUUCCUCUGGCCGCUGGCCCCUCUGGUGAAGAAGUUGGAUGUGGAGAAGAGCGAAAUUAAACGAUCCCUUGAUGCCAAGGCGCUUUUCCCUCUCAUCGAA